AUGUCCAAUAUUCAGCUCAAAAUUGCCAUUCUGUCUUGCGACACGCCUGUGGAGUCUGUCCUCAAGAGGUAUGGCGACUACUUCGUGAUCUACAAGGAUAUCCUGAGUCGGGCUUUCAACGAGUUCAAUCAGUGUCAGGAGGCCUUUGACAAUGUCAGCGUGACGUUUACCGAACACGAUAUGGUUAAGAUGGAAGCGUUCCCUGAUCCCAGCAGUGUUGAUGCGGUGAUUAUGACUGGAAGCAAACACGAUGCCUGGGCUGACGACCCCUGGAUUCUGAGUCUCACAAAUCAUAUUCACGAGGCCGUAACGAUACAUAAUCUACCGGUCAUUGGAUUCUGCUUCGGACAUCAAAUCCUUGCUCGAGCACUCGGGGCAAAAGUGGGGAGAGGCAAUGGCUGGGAGAUUUCGGUCGGGGAGGUCAAUUUGAAUGAGACUGGAAAGGCACUCUUUGGCAAAGAAACCAUAAGCAUCCAGCAAAUGCACCGCGAUAUCGUCUUUGAGGUCCCAGAAGGCUGCGUGAAUAUUGGAACGAGCCCAAUUUGUGAAGUACAAGGUCUAUACUCGCCUAACAAACUCAUCUCGGUACAGGGCCAUCCUGAAUACAACCAAGGUAUGAUGGAAUGCAUCGUGGAAACUCGGCAUGGCAACGGAAUCUUCGACAGUGGGCUGUACAAGGAUGGCAUGUCCCGAGCGGGCAAUUCGCAGGAUGGGCUAUUGAUUGCACGUACCGUGGCCAAAUUUGUUUUGGAUGCAAAGAUCAGAUUCUCAAACUUCACAAAAAUGUCUAACCAAAUCCGCACAAUCAACCCUGCGACCAAUGAGGUCAUUUUCGAGCAGGCUGGCACUUCGCUCGAAGAAGCCAUCAAAGUGGCUGCCACUUCAAAGAAGGCCUUCGAGUCAUACCGGACCACCUCCCUUGAGGAGAGAAAGACAAUUGUGAAGCGAGUCCUUGACAUUGUCGAGAAAAACCGCGAUGAGCUUGCCAAUGAGCUCACACUCCAGAUGGGCCGUCCAAUCCGCUACUGCGCUGGCGAGAUCAACACCAUGCGUCUGCGCGCCGAGUAUUUGAUGGAUAUUGCCGACGAGAGCCUGUCGGAUUUGCCUGGUCGGGCUGAGGCUGGAUUCCGCCGCUCCGUCAAGCGAGUCCCUCUCGGUCCAGUACUCAUUGCUGGCGCCUGGAACUACCCCUACUUGACCACCGUCAACGCCCUGGUCCCAGCUCUUCUAGCUGGUAACAGUGUUAUCCUGCGCCCUUCACCACAGACCCCGCUAUUUGGAAACAAGAUGCUGCAGUUCUUCACCGAGGCUGGGCUUCCAUCGGACGUUCUUCAGAUUGUUCACAUCGGAAGCCUUGAUGUGCUUGACCAGGUUGCGCAGAUCCCUGAGAUCCAGUCUGUCUCUUUCACUGGAUCGACUGCCGGUGGUAUCAGAUUGAGAGAGGCGACCGCUCGCCACAUCAAGCCAGUCAAUCUCGAGCUUGGUGGUAAUGACCCUGCCUAUGUCCGCCCAGACGUUGACGUCAAGCAUGUUGCCGAACAGCUUGUGGAUGGCGCCGUCUUCAACUCUGGACAGAGCUGCUGUUCCAUCGAGCGCGUCUACGUGCACGAGAAAGUAUACGAUGACUUUUUGCGUGCAGUGCAGGAAGUUUACAAGCUUGGAGACCCCAAGGACCAAAGCACAACCACCGGUCCUGUCAUUUCAGCACAAGCCGUUGAGAAGAUCAACUCCCAUGUUAAGGAUGCACUAGCCAAGGGUGCAGUUAUUUCUACACCUAGCAACUCCAGCUUCCAGGUUGAGAGUAACCCUCAGACUCAGAAGGGGAACUUUGUGGCUCCUAUUGUUUUGACCAAUGUCAACCACACCAUGGCCACCAUGAAGGAAGAGACCUUUGGUCCUGUGAUGCCUAUUAUGAAAGUUUCCAGCGAUGAUGAAGCCGUGGCCUUGAUGAAUGACAGUGACUUUGGCUUGACUGCCAGUGUUUGGACCCAGGAUAUUUCGCGGGGAGAGGAAUUGAUUGACCGGAUUGAAGCCGGUACGGUGUUCAUCAACCGCUGUGAUUAUCCCAGCCCAGAUCUCGCAUGGAUUGGCUGGAAGUCUUCAGGCUUGGGCUGCACCCUUGGUCCACGAGGCUACGAUGGAUUCACCAAGCUCAAGAGCUACCACAUCAAGCAUACUUCAUCAUGA